AGCCUACGUCAUAGUACAGGCUGUUUCGUAUAUCCCCCAAAUGUUCCCUGGGGGAAAAUAAUUACAUUUUUAAACUUUUCUUAUUGCCAUCUCCCAUGGUCCAAAUCAGUUGAAGUUACACAUUAACUGUUACACAUUAACUGACUGGGCUAAAUGGACAGUUUAUUAGCCUACUGUGUAAUUAUCUUGUAGUGUAGCCUAUCACGAACUGGGCUAAUUAAUUACAUUGUUACACUGUAGGCCUAAUAGGAACAAUGUAACACGUAUCAUUACAAUAGGCAACAUUGUAGUCUACCUACAAGUAAGCCUAAUAAUUAUAUCGGUUACCCAGAAGCAAAACUCUCUCGCGAAAAAAUAAUCUGUCCACGAGAAUAUGUCCACGAGAGAUUAGUCUAAUAGGGACACAGGGGUUUCCCAGUAAAAAAAAAAUCUAAAACAUAAAUAGACAAAAUAGCUAGCCCACAUUUCUGAAGUCUUUAAAGUGGCAAUCCGCAGACAAUAACAAAGCCUGUUUUGGUAAAAAACUGAGGGAAGACCAUCCGUUAUAUCAAAAUUAUAGUUUUAACCAUGGUAUGAGGCUAUACAGUGUUUGUUUAGAUUUACUUUGUUUACAAACAUUGGAGUAUAACCAUCUUAUAUUUUGGGUUCUGAUGGAGUGUGACAGUUGAACUAAAUUAAUUAGGCAUUUCUAAAUUAUAUUCUUCAAGAACCAAUGGGUAGGCCUAUAUCAUUCAUUUAUAAGUCCCCCCAAAAUGUAUGCAUCAACUACAGAUUGCCACUUUAAGAUUGCGCCUCUUGUCAUGUAAAUAUAUCAAUCCUAAAUAUAAUAAAAUUACUACUUGACUGUGUGGAAAAAAUGUGGAUAUUGUAAAAACAUUUUGACCUAUAAUAAAGCCUCAGGGUGGCGCCAAAGUGCAUAAAUCUGAUACUCUCUCGCGAUCUCUCUCAAUUAAAAUCAAUUCAAGGGGCUUUGUUGGCAUGGGAAACAUAUGUUUACAUUGCCAAAGCAAGUGAAAUGGAUAAAGAAAAGUGAAAUAAACAAUAAAAAGUCAACAGUUAACAGUAAAUAAUCUCUCUCUCUCCCUCUCUCACACACAUGCAUUUUUGUCUUUUUGCACACACAAAAACUAGCUAUAAUUGGUAAAAAAAAUUGUAAAAAUAAUGGCAACAUGGUGUUGCUCCAUUCUAAAACCCCAAAUAAACUGUGAACUUCUGUGAUAUGCAUAUGCUUUAUAUUUAUAGAAUAAUUUCCAACUAGACUGUUUGUCACUAGUUAGCACAGCCACAAAGUCAAAAUUGUCUAUAUCCCAAAAACUCAUGGUCUUAAUUUAAGGUUAGGCAUAAGGUUAGCAGUGUGGAUAAGGUUAGGGUUAAGGUUAGGUUAAAAAUCUGAUUAUAAGAAGAGAAAUGGUAGAAAUAGGCGGGGUUUAGCCAUAAUUAUGACUUUGUGGCGACGAUUAACUAGGCUAGCCUACACCUCUGCGGGUUCUUCUGACGUCAUCCCGGUAUAUUUCCCUCCAGUCUAGCCGAUACAACAUUUCCAGAGUUCUUUGCCACUCGCGUGAUGGUCACCAUUGAACUGCCUUACAUUUUACAAUGUAUCACAAACCAAGCUUGUUAACCGGAGUCUGUUUAUCCUAUUAAUUUACUCUAUCCCAUUAACCUGCUGCCUUUGCGCCGCUGCAUGGAUAAUGGUACUACCGGGACUGGUAAUUUGGGGAAAUUAUGGAAAAGACAAAUGAUUAAAUGAAAUUGGGGGGAAUAAUCAUUGUGCAUUGAUGGAUUCCCAAUGCAUUAUUAAUAACGGAUUAAUAUAUAAGAAUGGAACCAAUUACAUUUUAUUAAUCUCAUGAGAUCAUCUUUGACCAAAGACCUGAUGAAGGAACUUGCCAGGACCAGUAUGACUACAGCGGGGAUGGAUCUGCGUCUGCUGAGGGCGCACCAAACAACCACUGCAACUUUGCCAAUUCUGAGCCCCACGGAAAAUGACACGACAUGCGGGAUGCAGAUUCUCAGCCACGGGAAUGUGGAGAAGGUUAUUAUCGGAGGAGUUCUCACUGUGCUCACUUUGCUCACCAUUUGCGGGAACUUACUUGUGGUGAUAUCCGUGUGCUUUGUGAAGAAGCUGAAGCAGCCCUCCAAUUAUCUCAUCGUUUCCCUGGCGGUCGCGGACCUGUCUAUAGCGGUGGCGGUGAUGCCUUUUGUCAGCAUCACGGACCUCAUUGGGGGGCAGUGGAUCUUCGGACAGGUGUUCUGCAACGUUUUUAUUGCCAUGGACGUGAUGUGUUGCACUGCAUCAAUCAUGACCCUGUGUGUAAUAAGCAUAGACAGGUACCUAGGCAUAACUAAACCCUUGACCUACCCUGUGCGACAGAGUGGGCGAUGCAUGGCCAAAAUAGUUCUGUCUGUGUGGCUGCUGUCGGCCUCCAUCACCCUUCCCCCGUUGUUCGGCUGGGCCCAGAACGUCAACGACGACAAGGUGUGUCUAAUCAGCCAGGACGUGGGCUACACUAUCUAUUCCACCGCUGUCGCGUUCUACAUCCCCAUGUCGGUGAUGUUGAUGAUGUACUACAACAUCUACCGAGCGGCCAAGGUGAGUGCCGCCAAGCACACCAUCCAAGGCUUCCCCAAGGUGGAGGACGAAUGCAACAGUGUUGACUGCGUGGCCGCGGCCCUUAAGCUCCAGAAGGAGGUAGAGGAGUGCGCCAGUUUCUCUCGUCUGCUGAAGAACGACAGGAAGAACAUCUCCAUCUUCAAACGGGAACAGAAGGCGGCCGCCACCCUGGGCAUCGUGGUGGGGGCCUUCUCCGUCUGUUGGCUGCCCUUCUUCCUUCUGUCCACGGCCAGGCCCUUCAUCUGCGGGCCGGAGUGUAGCUGCGUUCCCCUCUGGGUGGAGAGGUUCCUGCUCUGGCUGGGCUACGCCAACUCCCUCAUCAACCCCUUCAUCUACGCCUUCUUCAACAGGGACCUGAGGACCACCUACCGUAACAUCCUACUCUGCAGGUACAGGAACAUCAACCGCAAACUCUCCGCCGCCAGCAUGCACGAGGCCCUCAAACUGGCUGAGAGACCAGAUCUGGUGAUCUAGCUAGUACAGUGUUUCUUAAACUUCUCGUUUCACUCACAGAGACCGGCAAGCUAUGGUUUGGAUGAAAAUUUGUAUUUGACAUUUGACUAAAUUGAGGCAGAUAACCCUCUGGACCAGUCAGCAAACAUUGCUGUAGACUGAGGAAUCCAAUUCAGUUCAUGAGUAGAGGAAGGCUAUGUAAAUGUAUAGAAAAUAACUGUUAUUAUUGUUCACACCUGGCACACACAAGAACAUUAGCUCCGCAUUUUGUCUGGUUAUUGGGACAGACCCAAACCCAGCGUCAGAUUACAAUGUAAGAAAUUAAAUGUUAGAUGACGGUGAAAUGCAGAGAACAUUUUUCGAUAGCAUGGCACACUCUUGUAUUGGAUGAGAGGACAAAUAAUAGGCUAUGGCUGUGAUAGGCCAAACGACGCCGUCAUGUUAUUUUGUUAGAUAUAUCACUGUAUAUUUGGUACUUGAAAUUGAGAAUCACACUCGAUGCAUAAAGUUUGUGUGAGAAAUGUAUUUCAAAAAAAGAAGAAGAAGAAACAUUUUAAAGUUAAACAAUAUGCACCACAGAUGGUGAGCCAUGGUUCCAGUUAUGUAGAUUGAGUAACAGGAAAAGCAAUUGUUUUAUGGUGUGUUCAAUGAACCACCAUCGAAAACCAUUUGUGAAAUUGUAAUUAUUAUGUGUAGAAUUUUGACCAAACUCAGUCAUGCAACACAAUUAUGUUAGUAACAUAUUUAUAUCUGCUUGACAGUUGGUCAUAUGGACAUAUUUCGUCAAAUGUACCAUGCACUUUAGAGCAUAAGUAGUUUUGAGCCUUCAGCAGGGCACUUAGCCCUAAUUGUUCCUGUAAGUCGCUCUGGAUAAGAGCAUCUGCUAAAUGACUCAAAUGUACAUGUUGAUAUGAUAAGAACUGGGAUUAACCCUUCAUUGUACAGCACAUACUGUGAAUAUAUUUUAUCAAUAUAUUAGUAUUUGAUCAGGCAUAUUAAGCUAGGCCUUUUUCAAGUAUACUGAAAUAUUCAAUGUUCAAUAUAUAUUUCAAGUAUAUUCAAGUAUAUUGUAGAGAAAAACCUUAUGUUGAUAGGGAUGACAUUGGCCAAGGUUGACUAGGGUGAAUAAUGGUACAUAAAUGUUUGAUUGUAA